CAGGCUAAUGGAUCUGCAGCAAAGUCUAAAAGCUGUAAAUUUGUACCUCAAGCUGGUUGCUGUAAGGAUGGUGAGUUUACCAUUUAUUUUAAAAAUUGAUUUUCAACAAAAUGAUAAUCGACGGAUAUGGGAAAAUACCAGCUAAUACCAAAAACAAAAAAUAUAUCUCUUAUAAGUAUGUUUAAAUUACAAUUUACCAGAAAUCAAGGCAUUUAAGGCCAGUAAAGUACAUUUCAGUAUUGCAUUAGUGGGAUCAGUUCAGGGUUAUACACAUAACAACUUCCUAGUUCUGCUGUAUUGUGUGGAUUGUAAUAUUAUUUAGUUCAGUCCUGAGUUUCAUUGAUAUAUCCCUGUAUUUUUUUUAAUAAUUUAAGGCAAAGAUGGAAAGGACGGGCAACCUGGUAAGUCACAUUAAAAUGCAACAAUUUUCCUCUGUUACAUUUACAUUAAUGCAACAUUAUAUGAAUAAGAAAUAAUUAGUCACUUGUAUAAUCAAGUGUUAUAUUUGGAAAUUGCAGGAAAAGAUGGGCGCGAUGGAGUGAAUGGUGAUGUCCAUUAUUUUAUUAAAUAUUACUUGUAAUAAAGGCUGCGGAGUGUGGGUGACAACGAUUGAAUGUCAAAAGGCUUUCGCUCCGAUCCAGUGCUGUACUUUGUGUGCUGGUCAAAAUAUACUUGAUUACAAGUGAUAUAAGCUCCAAACGCACGUGUUCAAAGUGUGUUCUGUGCAUUCCAUACAUUCUUUGUCGAAGUCCUAGCGAAUUUCUGCAUACAUGCAUGGAGAUUAGAAUUGCAGGCUCCUCUUGUCACCUGUGAUUAUCCUUUAUACAACUACAAACAUGUCAAUAUAUACUUACCAACUCUUUCUGAGUCAAAUUAAUUAAUGCAUGAGAUUUUCGUCCUGUUAUAACAGGAGUUUCUGAAAACGUCCCAGCUACUCCCGCAUAUUGCCAACAAUUUUUCGAAGACUUCCAAACUUUGCCAAAAAUUUUGUGAAGUUGUUAUGACAACUUUUGAGAAAUUUUGAAGUUAUUUCAAGCGUCAAAGGGAAACCGAAUUGAAUUUUUGUCAUUAAUCAUGUGUUAAAGAACAAUUCAUCCGGAUUUGUUUGUCAGGUGUGAAAAAUUGUCCUUGUCGAUGAGUGAAAUCAAGGUCUAGAAAUAAGUCCCAAGGCAUGAACCUCAUGCAUAAUGUGUUAGAGUUGGCAGGCACACUGUAAUUAUUCUCAAAAUAAAUCUUAAGCAUGGGCUUCCUUCUUGUCAUUCCCGGCCCCUGUUGUCAGUGUUCUACCCUAGCUUGUAACAUUACUAAUCUAAGGUUGUACUCCAAGAAAAAUUGUAAAGAGUCCAGUGCUCGAUCUGAACCUGUGAAAAACAGAGAGCCAAGCAUCAGAUUUUUAUGGGAAAGCUAAGAUUUCCUAGUUGCUCAAGAUCAAAAGUAAGUGUUUACAGGCCACUGACUGGGCACUGCUGGUCAGCACCAGCAGUGGAACCUCGAUAAUGAAGGGCCAAGGGACUGGCAAUAAUAUUAUUUAACAGGCUAUAACGAGGUUUCAUUUUAUUGAGGUUUUCUUUCAUAUAUUUUACUAUUACUGGGGUAAACAAAAUAUCUUGUUAUACCAAGGACUUUGUUAUAAUUAUAGAGGUUCAUUAUAUUGACGUUCCACUGUAUCACUUUAAUUUGUUUAUUGUCUUGAACACAGGAAAAGAUGGCCGUGAUGGACGAGAUGGCAGUGGAAUAAAGGUUGGCUUUUUUAAGCUUCAACAGUGCUUUCUUUUUUGCUGGAAAAGUUCGGAAAUUGAAAUUAAAUAACCCAUGGAGCUGUAUGUCUCCAGUAAAAUGGUCUCUGUUGUGUGAAUGUAUCAAGUUGCCAAAAAAGAGGGGUUUUUUUGGACAUUUGGGCUUUUCUCUUUCCAGAGAAAGAAAAAUAAGAAAUAAAAUUAUUUUUAAAAAAUUAAUAAUUUAGUUAAAUGUUCUUGUGUAACAACCAACUUUUGGGCUCACUGUAACCUGAUAGUUUGCAAAAACAAAACAUGACUAAAAAAUAAUGAAAAUUAUGGACUUAUUAUAGAAUGGAACACAACUCUAAAAUAGUUAGCCAACUUUUUAAAGUUGUGUCACUGUGUAUUGGACAAAUAAAAAUUGCUACAUAAAAACUAUCUGAUUUCCUUUUUUCGUCACUGGUUUACUUGUAAAACUUGCUGUUGGCAUAAUUAAGAGGAAAAGCACGGUUGCUCAUGUUUUAAAAACGGAACCCACAACUGUGAAUAAAUUGUAUUGCGUACACUGUAUCUCAGUUAAUUAAUUUUUUUUUUUAGUAUAAUUACAUUGAUGAUUAUCGAAAAUAGCACUAUGAUUGACUAGGAGCUUCGCUUCAUCAGGCUAUAAUCACCGCGCGGUGAUUAUAACAUUGAAGGCUAGCAGUUUUCAAAAUGGCAGCCUAAUUUGUUGAUGUUUCGGAGUCAGAAAUUGAUCAAUAAUUUUAUUUUCUCAAAUAAUCAUCAAUAUAAUAAUUAUAUUGAUGAUUAAAACUAGUCACCUGAGGCAAGCUGAAUAUCGGCAAAUAUUCACCUCGACUUCGUCUUGGUGACUAUUCGCCGAUAUACAUGUUGCCUUCGGCAAGUAAUUGUUAAAUAAUAAAAUGUAAUUUGACACUUUCAUUUUUUUAUGAAAUGAUACCUAUCUUGUUCACAGUUAAUGUUGGCAAUAUGCUGGCUCCUAAUAUGGGAAGUUAUGGGUGGUUCAAAGGCAGUUGGUUAAGAUUCAUGGUUGGCCUGAAGCUGUUUUGAUUACUUUAAUUUAACAAAAAAGUGAAAAAAGGUGCAUUAGCUACGUGUUGAUUCUUGAUUUUUUUGUUAUGAUAAGUAAAUAAACUCAUUUUAGUGGUAGUACUUGCAUGUCCAUGAAGCUAAUAUAAAUAAAACUAUAGUAGUUAUUUUUUCAGUAAUAGUUUUCGCAGUUUUGGUUUCACUUUUAUUUGCAAAUAUCUAUGUUAGGGAGAAAAAGGAGAAACAGGGAUGCCAGGAAAAGAUGGAAAUGCUGGCGUUAAGGUAUUAUUGACAUGUAAUGCUUUUUAAAUAGGGGUUUUGAGUUUCUGGAUCGAUAUAUUUCCAUAAAACGUCAUUGAAUAUAAAUUUAAUUUAAAAUGAACGAUGCAAAAUCAUCAAGAUCAUUACCAGACCAGUUAACUUUAUUUUGAUCUCCACCGCACUGAACACAAGCAAACUGGCUAUUCUCUUAGCAUUUGUAUUAAAAACAAUAAUGAUGAUGAUGAUAAUAACAAUAAUAAUAAUAAUAAUAAUAAAAUAGUAAUAAUAUGUAAAGAGCUCAACUUCCCAUGGCAGUUUUCAGUGGUUCCCUCAUUAAAGUUACUUAAUAAGUAAUUAAUUGAUAAAAAGUACAAACUUGCUCAAAAAUAAAAAAAGAGUUAAGAUCAUAAAAUUCGCAGUAAAACGUACGACUUUUUCCUAGAGUAAGCAGUUCCCAUAACAUUGUUCCUUAUUUUAACUUUAAGGAUGCCGAGGACAGUUUCUCUAGAAAUGCUUUAUGUUUUUACUAUGCAUGUUAUCAUUUUAUCAUGAGGAGAUAUGCAACCAAUUAGCUUUUAAAGAAAAAAGUGCGAGGACAAGUUGAGUUAGAAGUUUCUACUUCUACUUCAAUACUCUUAAACGCUUUCAUGACUAAGAGAUUAAUAAUGCAGAAUAAAAAAAUAAAAAUAAAAUAAUAGAAAUAAGAUAAAAGAUUAAUUAAAAAAACGUUGCUUAGGUGAUAACAAAAGUUGCUUGAUUGCCUACUUUACCUUCUUAGCUUCGACUUCUUUACCAUUAUUAUUAUUAUUAUUAUUAUUAUUAGACGUAGUAGUAGUAGUAGUAGUAGUACUAGUAGUAGUAGCAGUAGCAGUAGCAGUAGUAUCAUCAUCGUCUGGAGUGGUUCUUAUUAUUUCUGUUGUAGGGGGAGAAAGGAGAACCAGGAGUAGAUAAAAACACUACUGGUGGUGUUAAAGUAAGCGUAACUUUAUACUUCUUUUUGAAGACAGAAAUGACCAAUUUUCAGGGCCCAAAACAAAAAGGAAAGGGCAUGCUUUAUCCUUACAGCAACAAAGGACUCAUUCGAUUUUCUUUAGUGGUCCUGACCUACGAAUGAAGAAUCAUUAAUAUUACCUUUGAUUUCUCUACAAAGGGUGAGAAAGGAUCUCGUGGUGACAAAGGAUCACAAGGAGAGAAGGGACCACAAGGACAAAAAGGAAUUCCGGGAACGUGUGAUACAAAGGUAAUUAUCAUAAAACACUUUCCAGAUUUUCAAUCUCUGUAACCUUUAGUAUAUAUACUGGGGGUACCUUCCGGCAAGGGCCAACGAGGCAUAAUAUAAGGCAUAAAUAUUUUGCGUGGUAAUACACAUAAGAAAAAAAUUGGUGUAAACUAAAAUGUGUGAAAAGCGCGCAAGAAUGGGGCGGAAGUAUAAAGAUAUAAGCUUGAAUAAAAGAAAAAGGUCUAAUGAUCGAGCGAGUGUCACAGGACAAAUAGUCUCUUGAAAGGCAUAAUGAUAGUCUGAAAAACAAAAGGUCCGCAAAUUCGUUUCAUUCCUUUUCAUUUCCCGUUUCAUGGGAGGUUAGAGCUGGUUAGGGCUGUUUCAAUGUAAGGGCCUGUUUACAUGGAGGUGGGGGAGCCCAGGUAGGUGAGGUAACCCGCUUAGGUUGGGUAACCCGCCUGUCCAUAUAACCUCUCAUUUAAAUGUGAUCACAUUUACAUGUUAGGUGGGGUAACCCGCCACGUGUUAUCUCACCUACCUGGGCUCCGCCACCUCCAUGUAAACAGGCCCUAAAUCGAGCAGCAAAAAAAACAUGCCGGUUGUCAAAAUCUCUCGAAAAGCAUAAAUGAAUUUUAAAAAAGGUCCGCAAAUACGUUGCAUUCCUCACAGGAGGUGAGGACUGGCUCAAUGUAAAUCGACCUGCGAAGAACACGCUGGUUCUGACAUAAGUUUUGGGAAUACAACCCUAUGCCUUGAUCAACUACGGCUUAAAUUCAGUUCACAAAGGAAAAAAGAACACUGAAAACCCUGGUUCUGAGUCGAAAAGCGAACACGCUACCUCAAUAUAAAUCGAGCUGCAAAGAACAAGCUACUUCUGACAAAACAUUUGAGCGUAAAACCCUAUUCCUUGAACAGCUGCUGCUUUAAACACAAUUUAUAAAGCAAACCAGAGCACAAAUUGCCCUUUCAAACUAGCAAUCGUAUUAAAGCUUGCUCACCAGUUAGGUCCUCUUGAACGGGCAACGAACAGCUGCACACUGAAUCACCCAAUCUUGAACCACGAGUUGUAAAUACAAGACCAUGACGUCACUACCCAAAUAUGGGGUCUUACUUACACCCAAAUAUGGCCAAAAAUGCAAAUUUUAGAGGGUUACACAGAAUUUGAGAUUUUUUGCCUACAUUGCGCGGCGUUAUAAUUCUGCCGCCGAGUCAAUCUCGCUUCUUAGCUCGGUUGCCUCGUUGGCAGUAAUUCUUUUAACGCCUUAUUAAUUUCAUUACCAUAGACUUCAUACACGUGUUGCAUGCACGAUCUCUUCUUGUUCCUGUUAUGUUGAAAGGGAGAAGGGUGCGUGAGUUGAUGGCAAGGCCAUGACAAGAGACAAUCGAGAUGUUUACUGGACGGUACAAGUCAACUCACAUGUCCCACACGUUCAAGGGAAGAGGAACAAAAUAAUACGCGCAGUCUUUGUUCACUGACACCAAACAUGAUGUUAUCAUUAUCAUUAGAUUUAUAUCUCAAUGUUACCUUGGAAGCGGGAGCCUUUUUAAAUCUCUUGAUGUUCGAUCAAGGGAGAUUGCCGACAGAAAAAGUUGACUGCAUGGGUGUUGAACCCUAUAGUUUGCAUAAAUAACUACAAUAGGGGAUUGUAAGCUUUGUUAUUAAAUUGUAUUUUGUUGUUUUUAUUUUACCUUUUAGAGCAAAUCGAAGUGCUGUUUAGCGGGUAUGAGCAUUAUUUGUUACUGUUGUCUACGAUGUUCAUGUACAUUGAUUCAUUGGAAAGAAGAGCUGCCGAAUUUUAAUUCCAUGAACACGUGGCUUCUUCACAUGUACAUUAAAACUGCAAAAACAAUACAUGAGUUACAUGUACCUUUCUACCUUAUUUUUCUAUUUAUUCUAGUUGUUUUUUAUAGUAAUUGCUUGAUAACAAAGAUUUUCAACAUUUUUUUUCUUGUAGAAGGUUGCUCUAUUGGAUUCCACUUCUUUGAGAAAGUUCAAGAUCUUCCAACCCGAGGAACAUUAGAUGUUGAACAUUUCACCAUUGAUGGAAGCUUGUUUCUUGCUUUUGCCAACUAUCAUGGGGACAUUAAAAAAUUCAAGACAAGUUCCAUAAUCUACAAGAUGGAUAACUCGACUGGAAGAUUGUCUUUGUACCAGGCCCUGCAAACAAGAGGAGCGCAUGGCCUGGAGUACUUUUCUAUCGCUAACAAACAUUUUUUUGCUGUGGCUACUAAUUACGAUGGAACAUAUCGGCUGGACUCUUCAGUCUAUCAAUGGAAUGGAAAGCUGUUUGUCGACUUUCAGAAUUUGUCGACAAACGGAGCAGGUUACUUCACCUAUUUCAAGAUACUUGGGGAAAAUUAUCUCGCAGUAGCCAACCACUAUGACGGAAGUACCUAUUCUACAAAGUCAGUUAUCUACAAAUGGAGCAGCGGCAAAUUUAACAGAUUUCAAGACAUAUCAACUGAAGGUGCCUACGGAUGUACAGCGUUUGUGAUAGACGGUGACACAUUCAUCGCUUUUGCAAAUAAUUACAACUCCCAACACAAGUAUUCUGUUCAGUCCACUGUGUUCAAGUGGUCAGGAGGUCACUUUGUUAAACUGCAGUCUCUUCAGACUUACGGAGCGAGAGAUGUGAAGUCUUUCAACGUCAACGGUCACACGUUCCUCGCUUUUGCCAACCAAUAUUCUGGAAGUAAGUACAACAUCGAUUCCUUCAUUUACAAAUGGGAUGGAAAUACAUUUGUCUUGUUCCAAUCCAUUCCUACUCGAGGAGCCUCCGCAUGGUGUCCAUUUGUGAUCAACGGUCUCACCUAUCUUGGUGUGGCUAAUUACCAUGGUGACAGUCAGAAAUACAAUACUCAGUCAGUUGUGUACCAGGCCUCUGGAGCAAGGCUCAUCAAGUACCAAGAGAUUCCCACACAUGGAGCGCAUGGUAUGACGUCAUUUGAGUACAAAGGUCAUACUUACCUUGCAGUAGCCAACUACUACAAUCGCCAGAAGCACAACAUAAACAGCGCCCUGUACAAAUGGGUAUAG